AAAAGGUCGAGAGUGUUGUGAGUUUUAGUCGCCAGGCUAAUGAUAAAUAAACAUCUUACUACUAGACUGGGUGCUAACAGACCACUAACAGACUGUUUGUGUGCUGCCGACGAGGGAGGCUGGCAUCUUCUGCCCAGAUUCCAGUCACUUGCUGUCAUCCUGUCCACCUAACAGGAAGUUCUUCUCUCACCCAUCCACCAGACCAUGACCACGAUGGCCAAGGGAGGUAACAAUACACUCUCCGUGGACUCCAAAACUCCGAUGAGGCAAAAGUGGGUUGUGGCAAGCUCUGAGGAGUGCAUUUCUCGCCUCGGACCACGUGCAACUUUGCCAACAGCUCUUUAUUGCAACGCCACCUGGGACACAGUCUUAUGCUGGCCGGCCGCGCUCCCCAACACAACGAUUUCUCUCCCCUGCCCAGCGCUUAAUGGACUUGAUCCCAGUAAAUACGCCUAUCGGCAUUGUGGACCUGAAGGCGUAUGGCAAGGACGAGAACCAGGAGACUACUCUAAUCCCAAUGGCUACACUUUCUACUCGGGGUGUUACACGAAGGAGGCAUGGGAGCUUUACACAAAAUACCUCAGUAACAAGACACCUGAACACAGUGCGAUCAUCAAAGACAUCACUGGAACAGCCCGCACCCUGGAGAUCGUCGGUCUCUGUGUGUCCCUUGUCUCAACGAUCCUCUCUCUUGUCAUCUUCUGCUACUUCAGGAGCCUUAAAUGUCACCGGACGCGCAUCCACAAGAACUUGUUUGUGGCCAUCAGCGUCCAGAUCGCCAUGCGCAUCUUCCUGUGUGUGGACCAGUACAUCGCCCGCAAGACAGGUGGCGAGGUGGCUGGAGCCGCCAGUGGCAGCAGUGGCGCCCUCUACGACACGCCAGUGUUCUGUGAAAUCUUGUACUCACUCUUGGAAUACACAAAGACAGUCAAGUUCAUGUGGAUGUUUGUGGAAGGCCUGUACCUCCACAACAUGAUUGCUGUCGCAUUUUUCUCUGGAAAACCCAACUAUGUUCUUUUUUAUUCUCUUGGAUGGGGUUUUCCAGUCCUGUUGCUGAUUGCCUGGGUGGUGCCGAUGUCACACAUCCAUAAAGUCAAAUGUUGGUUCGCCUAUUAUUACAUGCCACUUAUUUGGAUCUUGGAGGGGCCGAGAGCCGGAGUAAUGGCGGUCAAUCUAGGGUUUCUAUUGAACAUCAUCAGAGUUCUAGUGAUGAAGCUACGAGAGACUCACACAAACGAAGCCAAGAAAGUUCGCAAACAAGAUGUGGUCGAGGCUUCAGAUGCUGGCACUAGCCUGUUGACCACUCUGGUCUUCUCGCAAGAUGUCCAGAAGCCAGAUUCACAGACCUUAGUGCCUAGUGUCGUGCUGAGCAUCAGGCCCCAGGCUGCUAAUGCACAAAGCAGUCAAGGCGCCAUCAUCCUGCUGCCGCUGCUGGGGCUGACCAACUUCGUCAUCAUGCUGGAGCCUGUCGGCGACGACAACAUCCAGUUCUCUGUGUGGAUCUUCUCUGCUCACUUCUUGACGGACUUCGAGGGCUUCUUCAUCUCUCUCAUCUACUGCUUCUUAAACGGCGAGGUGCAAUCAGCAGUGAAACGCCACUUGUUCCCUCACUUGAGCACGACUUACUCUCUGGACGUGUCCAGCACGCACUGGCGAAACACCACCAUCAAGGUGCGGUCUGCGAUGACACGUCAGCUGGAGCGGUGGCGACAACAUCGUCUGAUCCACAGCUCCAGUCUCCGCCGGCUCAGUCGCUCCUUUAGCAUUUUCACAUCCUUCACAGAGGUGGCUAACCCUUCCCAGGCCAACGGGCAGAUGGUGUGUACCGUGGAAGCUAACGGGGAUCCCAAGAAUGGCGGCGGGACGACUAACGGACAAGUCCCGCUACUCCGCUCCUACAAGAGGCGUCUGCACAUGCGCCGCUCAAGCACCCGGGAUGGCGUCCGCCGACAGUGUCAGGCUUCUCAGCCUCUGAGAACUGAAACAGUUCAAGAGCAAGAGAUAUAGACCCUGACCCCUGACACUGGGGAAGAGUUCAGCGUCAGGAGUUCAAGAGGUGAUGGUCACGAAGUGGAUGCGCGUAGGGACCGUGUAUAUGGGAGCAAUCAAAAGACUGCGUUAACGACUGUACUUCGAGAAGAAACGACAAAUUUCAAUGUUAGGGCCAUUUUAUUGUAAAUUAUAAGUGAGGAGGGAAGGAUGAAGGUGUCAGGUCUAGUACAGGCUGACUAACGAAGCCAUUUACAGCUGAAUCAGUGAAUUAUUUCUGAAUUGUUGUGUUGAACAAGCUAUUUGCACGUUUUGUAAUGAGAUUAAAAAGCAAGGAACUUUGGGUGAACUUGGAUACAUAUCCUUUGAACAAUUAGAAAUGUAAUAGCUUGAAACGAUGUACUAUUUGUGAUGACAGAUUAAAUGAGUCACGUGUCCUGGUAACUUGAACAAAUUAAUGUUUUGCAUACAUACUUACAUAGUAGUUAUACUAAACAACUGCCUGGCACAAAGGAACUCGUUAACACAAUGCUUGGUGUGCGUGAAAAAAAAAGUUAAAAUCUUUAGUGAAGUGAGAAUACGAAUACAAAUAGUUUAUUCGGCGAAGUGAUAGAAAAAUCAAGAGAUAGAGAGAAAGGAGCAGAGUGAAAUGUGUAUCCGUAUUCGGCGAAGCGAGCGAUAUAUAUAUAUAGAGAGAGAAAUAAGGAGCAGGGUUAGAACACAUCUCUAAUAGCAGAAAAGAAUAUUAGUUUGCAGGUAUCUAGCAGCUGCAGAAGGAAGAAAUGUACAUUUAAAACCAAACUUUUUUUUGGUAAAAAAUAGAUAAUAAUUUUAAUUUGUAGACAUCUAUUUUUAUCAUGUCAUACUCCAAUCAAUAGUUAAUUUAAAAAUUUGCCUUUUUUACUUCUCUUAGGUUUUAAAAGUUUAAAUUAUUAUUUUACAAAUUGCUUAUUUGCCUUUAGCUUUUAGUUUUUUUUAAAAAUUACUUUCUGGGGGGACUUCACCUGCUUGAAACAACUUGAUUAACCCAGCAAAAUAUCGAAGAAUGACUUCUAAGCAAAGAAUAAUUUUGUUGGCGUAUGUACAAAGAAAAAAAUCAUGUCCAACGGCGUUGGACUGUUCACCUGCCUGCUGUCUAAAAGAACAAUAUAAAUUUAAUAACUAUUUAUUAACCAAGCACCGCAAGAGCAGCCGUCAGAUGGCGUUAGCGGCGUCAGGGCCACCAACAGAAAAUCCCUGACCUCCAGGAAACCCUCCAACAUUAAUCAGAAUAAAACCCUGCAGCCAACCUCCUCGCACGUGGAGUACGUGUUCGUGAGCGCGUGCGUGCCACGUGUCGUUGUGGGAGGACUGGGGGAUGGAUGACGACAGUCGCGGAGUUCACGUCUGCUUUCAUCAUCACCUUACUUCUUACAGACUCUGUCAGGCUCCAAGAACUUUUCAAGAAGCCAUUAGCAUUUGGGAUUGUAUAUAUUUUUUUUUGGUAGUCGAGGAUGCUGACCAUUAAUGUCGUCAGGGCGAAGGGUGGAAUUAAAGAUGACUGUGCACUUUGACCCCUGCAGAUAUAAUUAGCCGACAUUUUGUUUUGAGGCAACGAGGGUUAAGUACAUUUUAGAGGCCCGCUGGCUAUUCAUUGACUUUCUUCCUCUCCCCUCACUAGACCAGUGUGUCUGUUUGUUUGUUAGUGCGCCUGAUGAAUAAUUACACAGUUCUAUUGUUUGUCAUUUUAUCAACCAGUUACUGAAUUUGUUAAUGUAUACAGAAGUGAUCAUCCGUAAAAAUUUGCUCAAGAAAGAGAGUGUGAGAGUGAGAGAGAAAGAAAGAGAAAAAUGUGUGUGUGAAAGAGAGAGAGAAAAGAAAGAGAAUGUGUGUGAAAGAGAGAAAGAAUGAGUGUUAAUUUGUUUCCGCAUCGUGAUGAGGACUGCCUAAAGAAAUAUAUUUACACAGAGAAGUAAAAAUAUUUUACACGAGUUAACGACGAGACCUUAGGUUGUGUGUGUUGUUAUGAUUUGUUGUCUCCAGGUAGGAGAUGACGACUGUCAGGUGUGCAUUGUGCUGCACAUCACAGGACCUGCAGGACACUUACAGGAUAUGUCAACAGUUGACACAAACUGAAUUUUGUAGUCGAGCUUCAUUUGGCGUUUGCUUUCGUCUUUCCUGACAGUCUAUGUAAGCUUUGUAAUCUUUGUGAGAAAUCUUUUACCUCUCCCUCUUUCUCUCCCAAGUUUUAUUCUUCCAUCCAUCUGGUUUAUCUCCUUUGUAAAUUACAUAAACUAACUCGUGCUAAAUCCUCCUACUGCACGUGUGAAUUUCUGUAUUGUGUGAAAGUGUGUGUGAGUGUGUAAAAUAUUCAUCUACACUCUCACCACCAUAUAAUUAUUAUUUACACUGCAUGGUGGAUGCUGGUGUGGAUGUAGAGACUUACGGUUGGUUGCAUCGUUAGUCGUUGGACGAUGACGAACUGAAAGUACAACGUUUGUCCAAAAGAAGAAUUACUGUUGAGGAAUCCUGAUGUGAAUCUGUUGUGUACAGUGCGUUGUGCUUGCACCGCUAAUGGUAUCGAGAUGUAAACCACAAAUAUUGAAUUAAAAUAAACAAACCAGA